AAGUUCUAUUUGGAGCCUCGUAGGCCUCAAACACUUCAAGAUGUCACCAGAACCUUCAAAGUCGCAUUUCCGCAAGAUACAGAGCUUCAAAACGGACUAUGCGCCUUGCACAAUCACUCAAUAUGUGUCAGACCGUAGUGGAAUGCAGGUUGUUGUCGCUGACCGCAAGGGUCCUAAGCUCAAUGGCUACUUCACUUUAGCCACUGAGAUCUUUGACGACUCUGGCGCUCCUCACACUCUUGAGCAUCUCGUCUUUAUGGGUUCCAAGAGCUACCAGUACAAGGGUCUUCUUGACAAGCUCUCUUCCCGUGCAUACUCCCACACAAACGCCUGGACUGCUACCGACCAUACGGCUUACACACUUGAAACCGCCGGUUGGGAUGGUUUCGCCCAAGUUCUCCCUGUGUACCUCGAGCAUGUUAUCUUGCCUACCAUUACGGAUGAGAGUAUCGUGACCGAGGUCUGGCACAUCGACGGCGAAGGCAACGAUGCUGGUGUUGUCUAUUCUGAAAUGCAAGCUGUGCAAUUCCGCAGCUCUGAGCUCAUGGAUAUCAAGGCCCGUCGUCUCCUCUAUCCCGAAAACGUUGGAUUCCGUUACGAGACUGGUGGUAUGACUGAUGCUCUUCGAGUUCUUGCCCCUGAACGUAUCCGCCAGUUCCAUCGGGACAUGUACCAGCCCCGAAACCUUUGCUUGGUUCUUGUAGGUGAGGUCAACCAAGAUGAGCUUAUCCACAUCCUCGAAGACUUUGAAGAGUCUAUCAAGGAUGACAUUCCUUCUCUUGAUACCCCUUUCAAGAGGCCUUGGAUUGACUCCGCCCAACCCCCAAAGAUUAACGAGACACAGAUUGUGACCGUUGAGUUCCCAGAGGAAGACGAAUCCGUUGGAGAGGUCCUCGUUGGUUUCUUCGGACCUAACUGCAACGACCUUAUCCAAUCAUCUGCCCUUAAUGUGCUUCUCACAUACCUCUGUGGUUCUUCUGUCUCCAUUCUUGAGAAUGUCAUGGUUGAAAAGGAGGAACUCGCCAGUUCGGUCUCUUACUGGACCGACCCUCGACCUGACAUGGUCAUUUGGCUGCAGCCCACAGGUGUUGCUACUGAGAAGCUUGAAUUUGUCGAGAAGCGACUGUUUGAGCUUCUGAAGGAAGUUGCCUCGAAGCCUAUCGACAUGGAUUACAUGAGAGAGUGCAUCCGUCGUGAGAGGCGUCAAGUCAAGUACCAUGCUGAGACAUCCGAGUCUUUCUACGCUACAAAUAUCAUCACCGACUACCUCUUUGGCAAGCGAGAUGGCUCGACACUUAAGGAUCUGAAGGAUUUGGAAGAGUACGAUGUUUUGGAGAAGUGGACAGACCAGCAGUGGCGAGACUUCCUCAGCAAAUGGAUGGCUGACGCUCCUCACAUCUCAAUCCUCGGCAAGCCUUCCCAUGAAUUGGCCACCAAGAUGAAGAAGGAUGAAGAAGCUCGGAUUGCCAAGCGCAAGGAGGAUUUGGGUGCUGAAGGUCUGGAGAAGCUUGCCAAGCGUCUCGAAGAUGCUAAGAAGAAGAAUGAUGAGCCCAUUCCCGCCUCUGUCGUCGAUCGCUGGAGUGUUCCUAGCACAGAUUCUAUCCACUUCAUUGAGUCGGAUACCGCUCGCUCAGGACAUGCACGCGCAGUCGGUCUGGGUAGUGGCUCGGCACAGAAACUCAUUGAUGGUACAACUCAAGGCAAGCUUCCUCUUUUCAUCCAAUUUGAGGAUGUUCCCACCAACUUUGUUCACAUCACUAUCCACAUCGGCACUUCUCAAGUUCCCAAUGAGCUAAAGCCCCUGAUGCCAAUCUUUAGCGACAACUUUUUCAACACACACAUCAUGCGUGAUGGAAAGCAAGUCGGUUUUGAGCAAGUUGUCAUGGAACUUGAGCGAGACACUAUCAGCUACUCCCUCCACUCCGCUCGCUACAUCAGCGAUCCUGACGGAAUAAUGAUCCAGUUCCAGGUUGAGCCUCAAAAGUAUGCUGCAGCCGUUGAGUGGAUUCGCACCAUGAUGUUUGACUCAAUCUUUGAUCCCCAGCGACUCAAAGCCAGCGUUACCAAGGCUUUGGCUGACAUCCCUGAGUCAAAGCGUGAUGGCAAAUCUAUGGCCAGCGAGGUCAACGCUGCUAUUCAUAUGGAAAAGUCCUCACUGGCUGUUGCCAAGCGUGUGCUUGUUCGCGCAGUCUAUCUGAAGAGACUCAAGAAGCUUCUCGAGAAGGAACCCGAGAAGGUUGUUGGUUGGUUCAACACCGUUCGAGACUCGCUCUUCACUUUCCAGAACCUCCGUUUCCUUGUCACAGCCAAUCUAGAAACUCUUCCGGACCCCUUGACUACUUGGGACACACUCUCUAAGUCUCUGACGGUCGCUGAGAACAUGGUCGAGAUUCCUAAGCCUGUGAGCCUGCUCAACGAUGAAGGUCGCAACCCUGGAUCAGUUGGCGCUAUCAUUGUGCCCAUGACUACUCUGGAGAGCUCCUACUCAGUCUCAACAGCCCAAGGCCUGGCCUCCUUCGACGAUCCUCGUCUCGCCUCCAUCAUGGUUGCCAUUGGAUAUCUCGAAGCUGCUGAAGGUCCUCUCUGGAACGCUGUUCGUGGUGCUGGAUACGCUUACGGCGUCUACUUCUCUCGGGAUAUCAACUCUGGUAUCAUCUCAUACCAUGUCUACCGCUCACCCGAUGCGUAUAAGGCUAUCAAGGCCUCUAAGGAGGCCAUCAGCAAGAUUGCAAAAGGUGAAGUUGAUAUUGAUCGUCACUUGCUCGAGGGCACCAUCAGCCAGAUCGUUGUUAUGUUCGCCGAUGAACAAUCCACCAUGCCUAGCGCCGCCCAGCAGAACUUUGUCCAGGGUGUUGUCCGUGGUCUGCCUAAGGAUUGGGGCAAGGAGGUUCUGCGACGCGUGCGAGCCGUUACCGAGGAUGAGAUCAAGAAUGCUCUUCUUGAGACUGUCCUACCGUGCUUUGAGCCUGGCAAGAGCAAUAUCGUUGUCACUGCCGCCAAGAUCAUGCAAGAGGGUAUGGAGACAGCGUUCAAGGACAUGGGCUACAAGGUCCAGACUCACGAGCUUAGCUACUUCCACGAUGAUUACGGCCUGAAGCCCGAAGAAGGUGAAGAGGAAGAGUCAUCUGAAGAAGAUGAAGGGUUGGAAGGUUCUGAGGGAUCCUACGAUUCCGACGAGUCCUAUGAUGAUUAGAUGAACCAAAUGAGUAAAAUGUAGAUGGCGCACAGGUAGACUCUGGGAUCAUAAAGAGCAUAUCGGUAGUAAUGCC